GCAGGAAUGAGGCCACACUAUGAAGGAUAAAUGACACGGGACAUGCUACAGUGACCUACAUCCGGCCCUUGUUCAUUUACCUUGCUGCUAGCUGAUCAAUAAGCAACAUUUCGCUAUAUGUGAGAGUGACGCCGCCAAUGUCCGCAUUCCGUCGGCGUCGCUUCCACUGCUAAAACAUUUUUGAGAGUUCCUUGAAUAUGGAUUUUAGCUAGUUCUUUCUUCUCUACUCUUUUAUUCAUUUCUUACUUUUGUUUCAUGUAUAUUUCUCAUUUUGCCAUUUACUCUUAUUCAUUCUUUGGUUCCCUGCCUCCCUCCCCUUCCCCUCUGUCCCCCCUCCCUUCUCCCGCCCACUUAACCCCUACUAACCCGUCUCCCGCCCUUCCUGUUCCCCUGUCCGACUAGUGAUGACUGGGACAACACAUGCUUGCAACGUUUACGACCAGCGCUUAACGACCACCUCCUCCAGUGCCACUAAGCUGCAAUAUACUGUUCUCAACGACUGAGACUAAAAUGCUGGUAUUAAAAAGUUCUUCGACGGUGCAAGAUCCGUUAUCUGCGUUUCGGCGAAUGUCUAAAUUGGCUGUAUGUGAUGUUCUGUAAAUCAGCCAAAGUGAUCUGGUUUUAUGUUGAAAAUACAGAAGUUCCGUGAUCAUUAUGUGACAGCAGUGACCAACUGAUAAUGAGUGAUACUGUGUUGUUUCCAUUCAACAAGUGACAGAAGUGGGAUGUGUGACACCAGGAGGAAAAUAUACGAUUAUUUUCUUUUCAUAGCCGGCCCCUGUCUCGCUUUUUUUUUUUUUUUAACAAUAGUAUAUAGUUAACUUGCGAAUGUUCAAGUAUCUAGCAGUCGUUUAGAAGUAUGAAUAACCAUCGCAUUCUAUGGACAGCCUUAUUGGUUUUCCUUGAAAUCAGGAGGAUUCCCAUUUUCUGUGAUGCUCAGGGGAGACUAAUAGAACCUCCCUCUAGGGCUUCUAUGUGGAGAUUCGGUUUUCGUAAUCCUGUGGACUUCAAGGACGACCUCCAGGACUGCGGGGGGUUCCAGGUGCAGUGGCGAGUCCACGGGGGAAGAUGCGGUGUGUGUGGGGACCCCUGGGACGCCCUCGCCCCUCGCCCCCAUGAAGCCAGGGGAAGGUACGGGAGGAACGGGGUCAUCGUCAGGUCCUACACGCAGGGGCAGGAGGUGAAAGUGGUGUCCGAAUUGACGGGCGACGAGGACACAGGACACAUGGAAUACCGGUUGUGUCCGCGAGCGAGCAAGAGGGAGCCGGAGACCCAAUCCUGCUUCUCAGAGCCGUUAACGAACGAUUACGGAGAAAGCAAAUGGUUGGUCAAUAUAACUGAAGGGUCAAAUAAAGUCAGUCACAGGCUGAUCUUGCCUCUUCACAUUACCUGUGCGGCCUGCGUAUUUCAAUGGCGCUUUGUGACCCAGGGCGCAAGGAGCCGUGAGGAAUACCGUGCAUGCGCAGAUGUGGCCAUCAUGCCCGACCUCAACAUUGCCACAUCUUCAACUCAGAAACCCCAAGUCUCUAUAACAUCUGAUCCGAGCGACGAUGCCUUCACAACAGAAUGUGCUAAAAUAUCUUCUCCUUCUCCGUCUCCUUAUUCCAUUUUUACUUCCCUUGUUUCUCCUUCCCCGCCUACCGCCAUUAGCAACAGUAUAGCUACAACAUCGAGGCGCGGGAAUUCUUCCAGAGAAAAUAUGGAUGGUAACAGCCCAAUAUCUGUAGCUGGCAACAUUGUUUUCACCCUGAUGAGCGUGGGAAUUGCAGUUUUGUGGGCUGCUAUUACGUAAGGUGAUUACCCUUUCUUCGCUCGGUUAUUUCGGGACAGAUCGAUUGGUUUAGAGGAAAGAGAAUGGAGGUUCAGAGAAAAUUCUUUUGGACAACUUCCAAACGGAUUUUAAAGAUUGGCGAUUUUGUACGGACCAGACUACAGUGGUGCCGAUUUUCCAGUUCAGAUUGCAACUGGUAUAUCAUCCUAUAUUCCCACAUUAUUUCAAAUCAUUUAUGCAUCUCCACGCUUGUCCAUUCACGGCUGAAAUCCUUUUCUUGCGCCCAAAGCCAUGUAUUACAUCAGUGCUUCACUUCAUUCAGAGAUUGUUUUGACGGAAAUCUUAGCCGUUAAGUUUAUUUACAAUUCAUUUCCGAAACCAUUCAGUCGGACACGGAUCUGAACACACGCAUGCUUUUCAGACUUAAACAUGCAUAUUAGUUGAAAAAGAUCACGUAUUCUUAAUACAUGAUGUAAGGAAAUAAAUAUUUGUUUGCUCAGUCGCAAACGAAUCCUUGAAGAGAGUUAAUAUGGAAAUAAUUCCGGUUUAAUUUUUACCCACGACAUUUGAAGGAAAGUUACACUUCUGGACGAGAUGUCUGUAAAUAAUCCAUGUCUGUAAAUGUUCACUAGAUGUAUGUUGUCAAAUGAUCGUCACGUAUAUGAAACUCCAAAUAAUUGGGUACAAAUAAA